AUGCGUGAAAACCUCGGUGAUUAUCCGGAGUGCGUUAUCCAAUGCGCCCUCGCCCCUAUCGGCUACCGUGGCCCUCCAAUUGAUGAAGUGCAGCGAGUUUUCCUUGACAUCGAGCUUGCUAAUCGUCACAUGAGUGAUGCUGCUGCGGGUAACGAUGAAGCGCAUGGAGGAGAUGGAGAGGCAAACAGCCGCAGCCACUUGCUAUUGCGCAAGCUGUCAGACAGUCACACCCGCAAGACUGUGUCGUUUCUGAAGGAGGCCUGCUGCUAUGACAACAAGGGUCAAGUGCACAUUCGUGCAAUUGCUCGCGCCGCAUCCAUUUGGCAAAAAGAGAAAGCCAAGCAACAGAAAAUCGUCGAACAAAUUGCUGAAGAACAUGGCGGGCCAGUGGUUUGGGCUGGUCUAAAGUACUCGCCUGUGCGAUGUUUGAAGUGCGAAUGGAGACAUCCUCUCUUUGCACUUCUCCUUUCAAGGCAUAGGUAUGAUAACAACAACACUCCAGCUUGCCCCGGCAAUGUUGUGGAAGCUAAGAAGCAACUGGAAAGGCUCAAAACGUGGGUGCAACAAUAUCGCGAUCGGCCUCGCAAUGCAGAUCAGAAGCUGAAGAUGCAUGAUUGGAUUCACUGCUUCUUUCCUUUUCACGGCAUCGGCUUCGUGCUGAAUGUCAUAAAGAUCUUGCAUGAGCCCAAGAAAGUGACCUGGUCAGAUGUCCCAACAGGUACAUAG